AUGCUAAUUUACAAUAAAAGUAACAUUUUCGACGUCACAAGCUAUGGCGCUGUUGGAGAUGGCAAAACGGAAGCAUCUCAGGGUUUCUUGAAAGCAUGGGCCGACGUUUGUGGCAAGGAGAAUGCGAUUCCGACGCUAUUAAUACCAGCUAAUCAGACGUUCCUCUUGAACCCAGUUGUAUUCAACGGUCGCAAUUGCAAGUCGAAUGCCAUUCAUGUCCAGUUGCAAGGUACGAUUCUGGCGCCGGACAACGUCGAAGCAUGGGAUGAUAAAAGGGGAGGGAACUGGCUUCGCUUCUCGGAUGUCUUCGGUUUGAUCAUCGACGGCGGCGGCAGGAUUGACGGGCGCGGCGAGAUCUGGUGGCGGCUUUUCAGAGCGCUGUUGUUCCACAACUGCAGCAACCUGCAGCUCAGCGGAGUGCACCACGUGAACAGCCAGAAGAACCACAUCAGCUUGAACGGCUGCAACAAUGUCCAGCUCUCCCAUCUCACCAUCACCGGACCGGAGGACAGCCCCAACACCGACGGCGUCGACGUCUGUUACUCCACCAACGUCCAAAUCCGCAGCUCUUUCAUUGCAACAGGCGACGACUGCAUCGCGAUCAAUGGGUUCUCGUCGUUCAUCAACAUCUCCGAGAUCGCCUGUGGGCCUGGACACGGGAUCAGCGUCGGAAGCCUGGGCAAAGGUGGAGCUUACGAGACGGUGGAGGAGGUCCACGUCAGAAACUGCACUUUCUACCGAACCCGGAACGGUGCUCGAAUCAAGACUUGGCAGGGUGGAAGGGGCUAUGCAAGGAAGAUAAGCUACGAGGACAUCAUACUGAUAGACACCAGGAACCCAAUCAUAAUCACCCACGAGUACAUGAACCAUCACUUACUUCCUGCAGAUCCCACGGCGGCGCCGCCGCCGCCGUCAUCAUCCGACGUGGAAAUCAGGGACGUUUGGUUCCGGCGAGUGAACGGGACUUCAUCUGUUGGGAGGGCGAUCAACUUCGACUGCGGUGGCGCUGCAGGGUGUACGGGAGUUCACCUUGAGGACGUCCACAUUGUAUCCUCUCCUACUGUGAUUCCUCCCGUAGAAGCAGUGUUUGCAGAGUGCAAUAACGCCCAUGGAGAUUCGGUUUCCACCACCCCCCCCGUCGGCUGCCUGUUACCUUGA